GUCACAGUGAUUUGGUGCAUUAUUUGCAAGCAAAGAAACCUAUAGCAACCUGAGUAACUCACCCAAACCUACAAACAGAAUGACUUUUGAAGAACUCACAGGCGAUCAGAAAACAGACAGAUGAAGUUCGCAAAUUUGCUUUUGCUUGAGGCGAUUGUAACACGGUAUAGUUAGUUUCUGGAGCUCGAUUCUGUUCUUGUUUUUGAUGAGGGAUUUCCUUAUUUUGAUGAGGGAUUCUGCUGAUAGGAUGGAUGUGGUGAGAAAAGCUCUGGAAGAAGUUUUGAGCUCCGCGUUAGCGCAAGGCUGUAUCACAGUUGGAGUGUAUGAGGCAGCAAAACUUCUAAACGCGGACCCUGACAACGUUGUUUUAUGUUUGCUUGCCACGGAGGAAGAGGACGAUCUGGACGUGGCUUUGCAAAUUCAUUUUACUCUGAUCCAAGCCUUUUGCUGCGAAAACGACAUUAACAUCAUGAGGGUGAACAAUAUGCACCGUCUGGCUGAGAUCUUGGGCGGGAUGGACGGUACAGGCGAACCUAAAGAUCUCCAUUGCAUAUUGGUCACAAGUCAAGUUGCACCAUGGAAAGAUGCAGCGUUCAGCAAAGUCAACUGUUUUUGCAAAGAAAGUCGUUAUCUGGAUCAGUGGGUCCCAAUCAUCAACUUGCCCGAACGAUGAUCCCGUUUAAUCAUAAAAUUGGAUGUAAGAGCAUCGAAGGGAUUGCUCAGAAGACUUUCUCGUUAGCUGCCCGAAAACUUGGCACUGCAAAAUUAAGGUUGAUUUUUGUUGCUGAGGGCGGGCUUGACUGGAGUUUCGACUCUAAUUAUUUUCUCUGAACGCAGGACCAUGACUCAGCUUCAGUUUGUGCUUGGAAAUUGUGACGAUGAGUAAGCAGACGGGAACUCAAAUAAAGGGUGAGCUGGUUUCAUAGUAGACAGCAAUAGAACUGCCGGAAGAAUUGCGGGGAAUUGCAACUUUCCAGUUCGGGAACUAGAACUAAAAAAAAACUUGUUUCGACAAAACUGGGCGGAUGGAUAACAGAAGUGUUUCACUUCAUUUAGUUGUGAAAAUGCAGUAUUGUUCACUAAUUACAAAAUGUCACGGACCUGAGGGGAAAGUUAAAAAAACGUAAUGUGUUAAGGAUUCUUAUUGUACUUUAACUGUAAAUAUAAUUUUUCUUUGCUGUUUUGUCUUAGUAUGAAAUUACAUAAGUUAUUUUGCGAUUUAUAUAAACGGACUUUAUAUUAUUUAUGUUUAACUGAAAGGAUCGACUAUAAUUUUUUAACCAGCUAGUAAAGAUUAUUACACUUUCAUUC